AUGAGAGUUCUCUUUUGGAACAUUAAUGGGAUUGUGCAUGAUGAAGCACACUGUAAGCUGCGUGAGUUAGUUAAGGAUUUCAAGACGGAUAUUAUUGGUAUUGCAGAACCAAGGGUAUCAGUUUCUUCCAGAUCUAUUCGUAAGUUUUCUAUUCAGGGUUUUAAUAAUUCUAUUAUUCAUAAUUCUACUUCUACUCGUAUUGGGAAUCUGUGGGUAAUGUGGUCGUUGAAUGUUGCUGAUCCAGUGGUGUUGAACUGUUCAAAUCAAGCUAUAACUAUUGGUGUUAAUGGCGUUCAUAUUUCUUUUGUUCAUGCUAGUUCGGAUCAGGUUACUAGAAGAACUUUAUGGAAUCAGUUGGAUAUGGGUGAUCAAAGGGUUCCAUGGUUAGUCAUUGGUGAUUUUAAUUGUGUACUUCGGAAUGAGGAGAAGAAGGGGGGUGCGGUUCUAAGGACUUCGGUAGUGAAUGAAUUCAGUGAUUGGUUGGAUGAUAAUAGUCUUUUUGAAGAGGAGUCUUUGGGUAGCAAGUUUACUUGGUCUAAUAGGCAGUCGGGGGUUAGAAGAAUUAUUAGUAGACUUGAUCGUGCGGUGAUUAAUGAGUUUAUUUAA